AGCAUCAACCACAAAGGGUGCAAGGAGAGAAUGGAAACUUCCUGUUUGGCUCAUGAUGUGUUCUGUUACGCUGAAGGCUAAAUUUGCAGUACAAGCACACCAUACUUGCAAAACAGUGCCAAAACGAAAGGCAGCCCGCCGUUUUUAACAGCAUUUCUAUUGUGUGAAGACUUAGAAUUCAACAGAUGGAGAUUUUUAUGACAUGUGUGACCUUCUUAAGUCUCUGUCUCUUCCAUAGCAGCCUGUCUGAAACACAGAGCAUGUGCAAAGGUAAUUUACCACCAGUAAAACACGUGGCAUUGAACAGCAGUGUUUCCAUACCCUGCCCUGUACUUAGCGCACCAGAAAUGGUCUUCAAAUUAUUCAAAGGCUCAAAAGAGAUCUUAUAUAUCAGCAUUAAUAAUACAUUCAUCAGCAAAAACAGCAACAGCCUGAAGAGAGGUGACCCUGCAAUUUUCAAAAUCAAUGAUACGAAUAACAGUACCAGUUUUAUCCUGAACAGUGUAACGGUGAAUGCUACAGACAUUUACACUUGUGAGGCCGAGAAAAUCUUCCCUCCACCAUUUCAGAAAGUGGAGCACAAACCACAAACUAUUGUGUUUGUUGAAGGGAGACCAGUUAAACCGUGUGCCGUCUGUCAACACACUGAUCACCUGGUUUUUUGGGUUGUGCUAGGAUUAUUGGCCACAUAUGGGCUAUUAAUGACUUGCACCGUUUUCAUGCUGCGGAGCAAGUUGAGUCAAAUUAAAACUCCCUUCAAGGACAGAGAAUGCAGACGGAAGUGGCAAGGGGUUCAACAUCCAACCUGGCAGGGCUUUCACAUAAAAACUGUAGUAUGAGAUAACAUUUAACAGGCCCUACCAAGAACAACCACUAAAACAUCACAUCAGACAAUGAUGUUUUAAAAAAGGGCACACUGCAUCCUGAGAAAAAUCUAACUACAUUUAUUUUCUUUUUUUUUCACAGUUUCUUGUAUUAUAUUUUCAUUUAACCCACUAUUUAAUGUAGCCAAAAUGUUGUUAGUGUUGCUAACAUGUGUGUGUAUGUUCUCUCUAUGUCCUUUUUUAUUGUUAAUUGUAUUUGGAAAUAAACAAAACAACAAACCUUU